AUGUCAGGGAAGGAUGUGUUGGACAUGGUGAUGAUGACUCAGUACUUUGACACGAUGAGAGACAUCAGAGCUCACUCCAAAUCUUCUUCGGUGUUUAUCCCUCACGGCCCAGGCGCCGUCUCUGACAUGGCAACACAGAUUCGAAAUGGAUUACUCCAGGCACACCAGACCAAUGCUUAA